AUGGGCAAGAAGACAUCUCGCCAAACCACUAAGGUCGGCUCAGCCGCAUCGCCAGCCACCGGCCUCUCGCAAUCCACUAAGUCGUCGAUCCUCCGAGCUGCAUUCUCGCCAUCCGAGUACCAAUUGGCUUUGUUCGCCUCGGUCAUCCAAGGCCUCGAUGCGCAGCAUCUCCGCAUCCACGACACCAACACCGGUCGACUACAAUGCGAGCAUGCGCUGGGACCGAAGGAGACAAUCACCUCGCUAGAUUGGGGAUACUACAGUGGCCAGGGAAAGAGCCGCGACCAGUCGAAGAAGAAGCGCAAGCGCGGAUCUGACGUGAACGGCGUUGAUGGACUCGACCAGGGGGAUGUUGUUGUUGCUUUCGGAACCAGCACCUCGGAAAUUCGCAUGUUUUCCCCAUCAGAAGACAAGAUUGUCGGUACUUUGACUGGCACGCAUGAGAAGGGCAUCAAGGACUUCAAGUUUACUGCUGGGCGGCCGGCCCAGGAGGCCUGGAGUAUCGGAGGUGAUAACAAGCUUGUGCAGUGGGAUCUGCGCACUGGAAAGAGCGUACGAACGAUUCAUCUGCCUGCAGCUUCUAUCUUCACUGCGCUCUCUCGCCCCGUCCCCUCCAAUGUGCCUGUCAUCUGUGCUUCCCAGACUCCAUACUUAAUAGAUAUGGAGGAAUCCGACGAGGAGCCAGUCAAGUUCCCCGCGAUGCGCAACCAGAUCCACAGCAUCAUUUCCACAUCUGCCGAAUCAGCUGGCUCUGGAGCAUUCCUUGCAUCUGAUGGUGACCGCUUCAUUAAUGUCUUUGAUGCCUCAACCCAGAAGUUGAUCCGAAACCUUGUCGCCGAGCAGAAUGUGUCCUCGGUGUCCCUGCACAAUGGUACCCCCGAAAAGCAGAUUCUUGCUGCGAUCACCGAAGAUGGCACCAUUGAGCUGUUCACAAAACCUUUUGCGCAGGCUGCGCAAUCUGGCAGUGCCAAGGCCAACCGCAAACAGAUGACCCAAAAGGCAAAUGCUUCUCUUAAGAUUGUGCGCUCCGACUCUUCAAAUGCAUGUGUCCCCGUUGUGUCAACCUUGUUCCACGGCCACGAGAUUGUGGUCGCUUACGCUGAGGGCGGUGUGAUCCCUGUGUUCGAGCGCGUCAAGUUCCUUGACGAGACCACUGACGAGCUUGCGUUCACCGGAACUAAGGCAGUCGUUAAGACAAAGACUAGCUCCACAAUUUCAUCCGUAUCAACAAAUGGCGUUAAAAAUGCCGGUGAGAGCCGUGUAGACGACACCCACGCCACCGUGCAGUCCGGCAUGAUUGUCGACGACGACGUCGACAUGAACGAUAUCCAAGAUGACGUCUCCAUCUCUGGUGACGAAGACUCUGAUGUCGAAGACACCACCAAGCCCACAGAGAAGAAGACCAAGUCUUCCAAGCCGGCCCCUGUUGACGAAGAUGUUGAGAUGCAAAGCGCAGAGUCAGAAGGCGAGGAAGAGGAGGAAGAAGGUGUCGAGCCAUCUUUCGGUGAGCUCCUUCGGCGCAACGCUGGCCAUGAAGUCGAUGUCGAAGCCGAACUUGAAGAUGACCUCAACCUGGGUACCCUCGUUCCCGGCAAGCCUGCCGCCGCCGUUCAACAGAUCCCCACGGGUGUCUCACUAGCUACCGUGCUCACACAGUCCCUCAAGACAAACGACAAAGACAUGCUUGAAUCUUGCUUCCACACUUCCGAUAUCACCAUUAUUCGCAGCACCAUCCAGCGUCUCGAGUCUUCCCUUGCUGCUACUUUGCUCCAGAAGCUCGCUGAGCGUCUCUCAUCCCGCCCCGGCCGCUACGGUCACCUCCUUGCGUGGGUCCAAUGGGUCUGCGUUGCUCACGGUGGUGCUUUGGCCGGUCACCCUGACCUCCUGAAGCGCGUGUCCACCCUGUACAAGGUCAUGGACCAGCGAUCUUCCAGCCUUUCAUCCCUUCUUCUGCUUAAGGGUAAACUCGACAUGCUGGAGGCACAACUUGGUCUGCGCCGCGACAUCCACAGUGGCGGCGAUGGUAUGGAUAGUGAAGAUGAGGACAACGUUAUCUACGUCGAAGGACACGAGGACGAUUCUGACAGCGACGCCGAAGGCCAAGCCAAGCCGCGGACAAAGUCUAUUCGCGAGCAGGCCUUCGAUGAGGACGAGUCUAUGAUGAACGGCAUCGUGGAUGAAUCCGAGGAUGAGGAGGACGACAGCGAAGAAGAGGACGAGGACGAAGCCGAGGGUGUUUUGGAUAUCGAGGCUGAAGAGUCGGCUGGGUCUUCUGACGCCGAGGAGUCGCUGGAAGAGAACGAGGAUGAGGACUCUGACGAGGCGAGCGAAGGCUCCCUUGCAGACUUUAUCGCUGACACCGAGGAUGAGGGAUCGGAUGAUGCUAUUGAGCCUGCUCCCAAGAAGAGCAAGCCCAGCGGGAAGAAGGGGAAACUUGGGAAGAAAUAA